CCGCAAGCAAAACUACCGGUGGUAGGCUGCCAGCCAGCCGCGGAGCUGGCAGUUUACGGGUGGGGAAGUCGCAGCGACGAGGUGCUGGAUUUUGACUUGCUACCAAAAAUCGAAGCAAACCAAGCUGCCGCAAAACCCCUCCCCCGCGGCUUCGCGUCGGUCGCCGCCGCCGCUCCGACCGCGUGCCCCUCGCCUCCUCGGCGCCGAUGCGAUCAGCGCCGCCCACCAGAUCCGAGCCCUUUUAGGACCUUUAGCCGUCGCCGUCCCAUGGGGGACUGCGUCGUCGAGGACGGGCACCCUCGCCCGAAGGAGGUGGAGGCUGCGCUGCCGGUGGCAGACGCGGAGGGCGCGGGCGAGCCGAGGGAGGGGGGUGGCGGGAAGCCGAAGAAAGCCGGGGGAAUCCGCAGGGAGCCGUCGUUCUCGCGGUGGUGCAAGGACCCCUCCGCCGCCGCCUCAAAUGCCCCCGGCGCUGCGGCGGCCAGCGACGGCGACGACUCAGAGGAAUUCGAGCUGCCGCUCCUGCCCUCCGCCCCGGGCGGCGGGGGCGGCAGCAUGCCGAUGGACAUUGAGGCGGGAGCGGCUGUGAGAUCUGACGGUCUGCCGAUCUCACCGUGGUUGGUCGCGAAGAUCAUGGCGUUGAUAGCGAGUUGGUACACGCUGAGCACAUGCUUGACGCUGUACAACAAAGAGAUGCUGGGGAAGCACAUGUGGAAGUUCCCGGCGCCGUUCCUGAUGAACACGGUGCAUUUUACGAUGCAGGCCGUGGCGUCAAGGGUGAUCGUGUGGUUCCAGAACCGGGGCCUGGAGGGUGGGGCAAGUAAAAUGUCGUGGAAAGAUUACGGUUUGCGAGUUGUCCCAACAGCUUUGGCUACUGCUCUUGAUAUAAAUUUGAGCAACAUUUCACUUGUUUUCAUUACCGUGACAUUUGCUACAAUGUGUAAAUCUGCUGCUCCAAUUUUCAUUCUUCUGUUUGCUUUUCUGUUCAGGCUAGAGAAACCCAGCUUUAGUCUUCUUGGAAUCAUGCUGAUUGUUUCAUUUGGAGUUCUACUGACAGUUGCUAGAGAGACAGAAUUUAAUCUUUGGGGAUUUACAUUUAUUAUGCUUGCUGCCAUUAUGUCUGGGUUCCGCUGGUCCAUGACUCAGAUUCUCCUUCAGAAAGAGGAGUACGGAUUAAAGAAUCCUUUUACCUUGAUGAGUUAUGUUACCCCAGUGAUGGCAAUAGUAACUGCAAUUCUUUCCAUUGCCAUGGAUCCAUGGAAUGACUUCAGAGCAAAUCACUUUUUUGAUAGUUCUGCUCACAUAAUAAGGAGCAGUUUAUUGUUGCUUCUAGGUGGCGCUUUGGCCUUUUUCAUGGUUUUGACAGAAUAUGUUCUGGUUUCUGUUACAAGCGCUGUAACAGUGACCAUAGCAGGGAUUGUGAAGGAAGCUGUCACUAUUUUGGUUGCCGUGCUAUUCUUCAAUGAUCCAUUUACCUGGUUGAAGGGACUAGGGCUGGCAAUAAUAAUAUUCGGUGUCAGCCUAUUCAACGUGUACAAGUAUAAGAGGUUUAAAAAAGGCCAUCACAGUGAAAAUGGUGAGACAAAUAUACAAUCUUCCAAUGGCACUUCAAAAUAUGUUAUCCUUGAUGAUGACACUGAAGAUCAGGAUGCUACAGGCUAACUCAAUAUGAGAGCAGAAAUUUUUGUGGACUGGUUCUCAAAGAAGCAUACUCAUUUAUACCUGCAGAGUUUUGCUGCUAUUGUCUUGGUUUCACAGACUUUCUGUUCAUUGAAGGCUCUAGGGAGUCAUGCUCGUCAUUUGUGAGCAUGCCAAUGACACAAAAAAAGCCAUGUUCACUGAUUGGGAAGAUACAAACUGAUACAAGUAGCAGACAGCCUGGUUGCUGUAGAAAUGUUUUGUCCGUUCCAAACAAAUAUUGAGCAUGUAUCUGCACCAGGAAUUGUGCAGAAAAAGUAUAUUUAUUAUAUAGAACAUUUACCAUCAACGGGAAAUACAGCUGAUGCAGUUUAAUUUAAUGAAAGAAGAGAGCUCAAUUUUGGUGUU